AUGCUGCUGCUGCUGCUCCUGGCGCUGCUGGGCCCCGCCGGCUGCCCCAAGACCGAGCCCCUGAGCGGCUCCGGCCAGGAGCCCCUCUUCCGCGGGGCAGAUCGCUACGACUUCGCCGUCGUCAUCCCCGCCGGCGCCGUGGAGUGCUUCUGGCAGUUCGCGCACCAGAGCGGCAACUUCUUCUUCAGCUACGAGGUCCAGCGGGCAACGGGGAUCGGCAACAACAGGAACAUCCUGGCCACAGCGAGUGACCCCAACGGCUUCCAGCUCGGCAUCUCCCAGCAUGUGCGAGGACAGAUCAACUUCCUCACCAAGGAGACAGGUUUCUACCAGCUGUGCCUGGACAACCAGCAAAACCACUUUGGCUUCAUGCAGGUUUACCUCAACUUCGGCGUCUACUAUGAAGGCUUCAACGUGGAAAACAAGCAACCGGAAGAGAGGAAAGAGCUGAACAACACCCUGGAGGCAAUCGAGGUCAGCAUCCGCAAGCUGCAGCUCCACAUCUUCCACAUGUGGCGGUUCUACAACUUUGCACGGAUGCGGAAAGGGGCCGACUCCUUCCUCCUGGAGUCCAACUACAACUACGUCAACUGGUGGUCGAUGGCUCAGAGCUGCGUCAUUGUCCUCUCCGGGGUGCUGCAGCUCUAUUUCUUGAAGCGCCUCUUCAACGUGCAAAACCCCAGCAGGCAGAGGUGCUGACAGCGCCCAGAACCGUGGGCAGGACCGCUGCCUGCAGCGCCCCAUCACCCAGCUGCCACUCAGCCCCUUCGCAGAGUGGAAGGCCAGGCCCUGCUUCGAGGAGGAGGAAGGCGAGUUCCCCCCGCUCCGGCCUCUGGCUCUAGCCCUGCCUCGGCUGAAAUCACCCCGAAAG